AUGUACUACCCCCAGCACAUGUCUGCGGGACAGGCCCCCGCGCCCCAGACUGUCACCUCUGGAGGAAUGAGCCAUUACCCUCAACACCAGCAGCCUCCUUUGUUGCAGCCAGGCCCUGCCCAGUACUCGGCCCCGGCCCCGUACAACCAAUAUGGCGGCUAUGCCAAUGGACUCACCUCUCCUCCCACCGCCCCUCCGGUGUCAAACCCGAUGGGUGCUCAGAGCGUGCUUCCUCUGCCCGGCGUUGGCGCCCAGGGCACGAUGCAGAGCGGUUACCAAGGUUUUGAUACUACCGGCCAACAGCCCCCGCCAGGUAUGAAGCCUCGUGUCACCGCUACGCUGUGGGAGGACGAGGGCAGCCUGUGCUUCCAAGUCGAGGCUCGAGGUAUUUGCGUUGCUCGACGCGAGGAUAACCACAUGAUUAACGGAACCAAACUGUUGAAUGUCGCUGGUAUGACCCGUGGUCGGCGAGAUGGUAUUUUGAAGAGUGAAAAGGUUCGACACGUCGUCAAGAUUGGCCCCAUGCACUUGAAGGGCGUUUGGAUUCCUUACGACCGAGCCCUGGACUUUGCCAAUAAGGAGAAGAUCACCGAGAUGCUUUACCCGCUGUUCGUCCAUAACAUUGGCGCUCUGCUGUACCACCCGACAAACCAAAGUCGGACCACCCAGGUGAUGGCUGCUGCUGAGCGACGCAAGCAAGAGCAGAACCAGAUGCGAAACCCCGCGCCACCCGGACUCCCUUCGAUCGGCCAGCACCACCCCUCAAUGGCCCUUCCCGGCCCUCAGCCUUCUCUGCCCUCUCACAACAACAUGGGUCGCCCAUCGCUUGACCGCGCACACACCUUCCCCACCCCUCCUACUAGCGCUUCAAGUGUCAUGGGAGGCAUGGGAACAUCAGAGAGCUUCAAUUGGCAGGGACAAGGAAUGAGCGGACCUCAAGGUACCAACCCAAUGUCGAUUGACACCGGUCUAAGCAACGCGCGCUCAAUGCCAAAUACCCCAGCUACCACCCCGCCUGGUUCCUCUCUUCAGAGCAUGCAUUCGUACCCCUCCGGCGCGCAACAGCAGUAUGACAACUCCCGGCCAAUGUACAACACCCAGUCGCAGCAAUCUCCCUACCAGACCUCAAACGCCAACCCGCAGGAUCGGAUGUAUGCUCCACCCAACUCGUACCCGAAGAAUGAAAUGGGCCCUCCUUCAAGCAGGCCUUCGGCUUCAGGACCGUCCGGAGAGCAGCAUGACAGCAAACCCCCCAAUGGUUUGAUUCAUUCCGAUCAGGCUGCCCAGCCUCAGAACGGCGAUGAAGAGAACGAGCAUGAGCACGAUGCGGAGUACACCCACGAUAGUGGCGCCUAUGAUGGUAGCCGCAACAACUACAACUACACCGCCCCUGGCGUUGGAGCGUUGGCAAACGACACCAACCUGUCACCUGAGAUGACUGGUUCACCCAAUCAUCCGGCCCCAUCAGGACGAGCUACCCCUAGGACGGCCGCUCCCACACAACCUUACUACCCCCAGCACGCCGGAUACAACACUCCCCCUCGUGUUCAGCAGACCACCAGCAACCUCUAUAAUGUAAUGAGCAACGACCGCGGAGCGGCAAAUGGCGCGCCCGGCAAUGACGUUUACGCACCUGCGGCUGACAUGUCUGGUAUUCCCAAUGGUUAUUCUGCCCAGCCUCCUGUGAUGAAUGGGGCUGCAGGUGUCCUGAAGCGCGGACGCGAGGACGAUGAGGAACUAUCCCGCCCCUCUAGCGAUGGCCCUGGCUCCAUGGGCAAUCUCGAUCUCAAGCGACGAAAGACCAUGAUGGAGUCGACCGUGCCGGCCCCCACGUACGAUGCCAUGUCGCGUCCUGCGUCAGCCGUCGGCGCCCCCCGGCGGCGAUAG